UAUAGGUCCCUAUGGUAGAAUUCAGACAUUCGAAUCUCAGGACGACAGGAGUACACGCCCACCUUGGGACUGCGGAACAACGAUGAAACAGUGCAUUUUUCCAAAAAUACAUGAGUCUUGGUCCAGCCUUCUUGUUGACAUCGGUUUGUCUCUGGUGCCCAAUGUGCUUGCGGUGGCUGGGUUUAAUGCAGGUUUCGGUAACGUCUUCACGCUGUUAGAUGCCGUUAAUUCUAUGCCUACUGUAUUCACUGUGCAUUGUCGUCCUGAGAUUUGUUUGGACUCUUGUCUUCCGGACAAAGGGAAGACCAACAGUUGCUUUCAGGGAUGUUACUGUUCGCGCUCAGCGUCACAACGAAAAUGCUGGUGCGGCUGGUUUAAAACUCGGAGCACUGACCUGGAAGACUAAUAAUGAAAAUAAUACAGAUUGGCAAAAGUGAAAUGUAUUUGUCCUUAAAAACAACAUAUUCAUAAAAUGAACUUCUAUUAAUCUUAGUGGCUUAAGUGGUGUAUUACACUUUCAUACAAUCAAUAAGAACAUGUUUAAUGAUUUUAAAUUUAAAUAAUUACUGAAAAUGAUAAAAGAUGUCUUCAAAACGACGUGGUUUAACAAAGAAUCUACUCAAUCAUAAUCCCCGUGCUGUGAAUAUAUAGUACGUGAGGGUGGAUGUAUUAAUUUAUUAAAGAACUUAUCUCUG